ACAUCUCGAUGAGGAGGUUCUCCAGGUGCCGAUUGCGCGAGUGCUUGGUUGCAAGGAUCUGGGAGUGGAGCUUCUUUGCUUGGGAGAGAUCCCUGGAGUGACCGCAAGAUUUGACGAGCUGGAGGCAGAGCUGGAGAUCGGCAUGGUAGCCUUGCUGCUCGAGAAGAUCGAUUGGAGCACAAAUACCUUCUUCUCGCAUAUUCACGUUUUAGGUCUCCAUUUGAUAUUGCGAUGCGCAGGUUGCGUUCUCUACUCGCGUUGAGAAGGGGCUUUUGCUCCUCCAGCGGUAGUGGUGAUUACAUUCUUAGCUGCGUCAGCUCGAGUGAAGAGAUCGAGAUUCAUAGUGUCAAAGCCGAUGCUCUCGUUCGGGAAGCUCAGAGAACGCUUCAAACUUCUCGAAUGUCGUCGAUCGUUCUUGGUAACGCGAUGAUGGGAUCGGUUCUUUUGAGCUCGAUUUUUCCCGACGCGAAUGCUAUCACGAUAUCAACAGUAUGCGAUGGACGUCUUGGAUUUGUUCAUGCGGCCACUACAUUUGAUGGUUUCACGACGGGUCACGUCCACAAUCUAAGCCACAGUUCUCAUGGAAACAUGAUCAUGGCCACGGUAGUCAGAGAGUGUGACAUGCGCCUGUCUAUAAGCCUAUCGAAGUCUCACAGAACCUUUGUGUCCCCGAUGGGACCAUCUCGUGAAGUUGCAGAGAGCUUAGCAUAUUUUCUUUGGAAAAACCAGAAGAUGGAUACAGCAGCUAGCUUAGCUAUGAAAUUUGACGAACACAACAUUGUAAAGACUGCCCGAGGUUUCAUUAUUCAGGUGUAUCCUCUGUCUGAAAAAUUAGCCUGCCAUCAGCUACGCGAGAACAUUGAAAACUCUCCUUCACUUGCUGAUCUGGACGAUACGGACGCAAGAGACAUUAUUGAGAAGCUUCUGCAUGGGAUUGAACCUGGCAGUUUUUCACAGCGUGAUCUCAAAUUCCAACCUGUUGGUGAAGAGGAGCGGCAGAGGUUUCUGUGGCAGCGAGAAAAGUUGUUUUCUUCAAACCAGGCAAGAACCUAUGAGAAAAUGAUUAACAAUCCUACAUCGCAGGACUUCGAAGAAACAAAGCUCCCACCUCAGCAUCCGUCCGACCUCUAUAAGCUUGCCAAUGGCGCGUUUACAAGCAAGAUUGGAACGACUCGGAGGGGACCUCGCAGACCAGAAAUAAGGAUGCCGCGCAUGGUACACACACCUUCCCGUGAGCGUUCUUUCAAGCGACAUGGUGGGAUCAAUGAGCAGGAAAUGACGGAGAAUGGUUUCGAACAAAGGAAAAGCCAGGGAGUGGACGACACGGCUGUCCAUGGGCUUCACCAGUGGGACGACCACGAAAUCAUAUGUGUGGUUCCUCACACUCAAAGGAUUCGAGUAUGGAAUGUUGUGGCUGUUGUUGGAAGGAGCAACGUAAGGCUCGAGAAUGCGGGUCCUGUGAAAACCAGGUCAACAUAGAUCAUAGAAGAACGUCAGAGGUGCCAUCUCGUCAAAGCUUUGGAUGUCAAUUGUGGGAGGCGAGUCAUUGCUGCUCAAGGGGAUAAAGUUGCCACUCGCCACGGUGGUAUUGGAUGGGCGAUUCAUCCUUGAUACAGCAAUUUCCAAUGGCAUCUUUCUCACCCCAGUGUUCUUGUGUUGCUUGUAACACUGUUAAACGCAGGAAAAUUGACGGGAGACAAUUGUAGUAGUUAAUAAUAUUUUAGUUUAUAACCUUUAGUAUGAA